AGGGGCAAAGGACAGACACCUGUGUACUUUUAGUUCAGGUACAAACUUCCUUAUUUUUAAUAUAUUGUCACUUUACAUCAAAUUUAUAAAUAGAAAUUAUUUGAAAGAUGAGAUUUUUGGAGUCUUGCUUUUGAUAGCUGAUUGGCUAAUUGCUAACUAGGUCUAAAAAUUUUGCUCUUGGUCUUCCAAAUUGACUGCUUGUGAAAUUCCGUACCAACCUGUCCCGGCAAGCCGCGAUGCCUGCUGAUAGCUCGGCAGAUUGUUUGUAACGCUAUUUAGUCAUUGGGGGAAUUUUUAAACAGGACUAAAAAUACAACAGAAGAACACAAGAUCUGCCGAACACCAGCGGGAGCGCUUCGGGAUCCUGCAGGGUGCAGAGGGGGGCAGAUCAGCAGCAGGUCCUUAUAAUCCUGUCGGCCACAGCACCUGUCCCCAGCCUGAAACAGGAAGCAUCUCCUGAGAACAGAAACAUGGACAAGGCAGACCGUGGAGUGAUGCCAGGUUUUGUUCAGUAAGGUGUGUGGCCCGCUUCUGGUUUCCACGGCGACUCUGUAACCUGGAGACGGAUGGCGUCACCUUCCCGCAGCAACAGCAGCUGCUCCUCCAAGUUUGAGAGCCGCCAGGGCAGUUGGGAGAUAGUGGAGGGCUUGCGGGGGGGGCUGGGUGAUGUCCGGGAGCCAGAGAGGGAGGGGGGCUUCCUGCUGAAGAGGAGGAAGUGGCCCAUGAAGGGCUGGCACAAGAGGUACUUCUUCCUGGACAAGGGCAUCUUGAAGUACUCCAAGUCAGAAGCAGAUAUGCGGAAGGGCAGGCUUCAUGGCUGCAUUGACGUGGGGCUGUCCGUCAUGGCCAUCAAGAAGAAAACCCGCUGCAUCGACCUGGACACCGAGGACAACAUCUAUCACCUGAAGGUGAAGUCCCAGGAGCUAUUUGAUGAAUGGGUGUCAAAGCUGCGAAAUCACCGCCUCUACCGUCAGAACGAGAUCGCCCUGAACCCCCAGGAGAAGCUUCUCUCCUACCCCUACGCGUCCCCUGCCACACCCACCAGCCCAGUGGACAAGGCAUCUCUGAGAAGGCGCUCAACUCUGACUCAGCAGCCCUCCCUCCACCCCGGGGGCUUCCGUACCCAGGUCGGCGCCUGGCUGCACACCUCCGACAACCUGGACAGGUGCUCCAGAGAGAUCUCCGCAUGUCAGGCCUACCUGCUGGAGCUCAGCCACCUGCUGCAGAGCAUGGAGGUGCUGCACAGAACAUACUCCGCCCCGGCCAUCUCCAGCCUACAGGCUUCCAACUUCGACAGCCCAAAAAAAGACAAGAGGGGUCCCAGGAAAUGGCGCCCCAAGACCUACAGCAAAGAAGCCAAAGCUACUCUCCAGGUCCCCGGCUCCAUGUCAUCCAGCUCCAUCCGACUCCACGCCUCCAACCCCAACCUCUCCACCGCCACGCUGGCCAGCCCCGAGCCCCGCCCCCAGGUCCUGGACUCACCAGCCAACCCGCCUAGUCUGCAGGAGGACUUCUGCCGGGUGGCCAGUGACUUGCAAAUCGCCAUGACCUCUGCCCUCGGGGCCCUGACCUCUGAGAGGGACCGACUGAAACAGGCGCUGGACCACGACACCUCCCAGACCCCCGGCCUGGACGCCCCCGACGGCCGACACCCCCUCAUGCACCAGGACUCCAGCGAGAGCAGGACUUCCAUCCCAGAGUCCCUGUCCGAGUUCUUUGAUGCACAGGAAGUCCUCCUGUCUGCCACCUCCUCUGAGAAUGAGGCCUCUGACGAUGACUCCUACAUCAGUGACAUCAGUGACAAUGUAUCCAUGGAAACGUACAGCAGCGAGAUGGAGAGAGAGAACCCCACCUCAGGCUGUGUGGAGAAUGGCGCCCCCGUGUGGCGGCGGUCAUGCCUGCCGUCAGCGAGCCCCAACAGCAGCAGUGUGAGCGUGUGGAACAUUCUGAGGAGGAACAUUGGGAAGGACCUGUCCCGCGUGGCCAUGCCUGUGCAGCUCAACGAGCCGCUCAACACCCUGCAGAGGCUCUGCGAGGAGCUGGAGUACUGCCACCUGCUGGAGAAAGCAGCAACUACAGCCGAUCCACUGCUGCGCAUGGUGUAUGUUGCCACGUUUGCGGUGUCAGGUUACGCCUCCAGUUACCACAGAGCAGGGGGGAAGCCCUUUAACCCGGUCUUAGGAGAGACAUAUGAGUGUGACCGGCCCGACAAGGGCUUCCGCUUCAUUGCAGAACAGGUCAGUCACCACCCUCCCAUUUCUGCCUGCCAUGCAGAGUCCAAAGACUUCACCUUCUGGCAAGACGUUCGCUGGAAGAACAAGUUUUGGGGGAAGUCAAUGGAGAUCGUCCCCGUGGGAACCACGCAUGUGAUGCUUCCAGCCUUUGGGGAUCACUAUGAGUGGAAUAAAGUGACCUCCUGCAUUCACAACAUCCUGAGCGGCCAGCGCUGGAUCGAGCACUACGGCGAGAUCUCUGUCCGGAACCACAGCAGCAACGCCUGCCAGGGCAGGGUCACCUUCGUCAAGGCGAGGUACUGGAGCGGCAGCGUGAACGAGGUGCAGGGCGUGGUGACAGACCAGACGGAGCGGGUCGUCCACACGCUGUUCGGGAAGUGGAACGAGAGCGUGUACUGCGGGGCCCCGCCCACCGCCACCUGUGUAUGGAGAGCGAACCCCGUGCCUCCAGACCAUGCUCAGUACUACGGCUUCACUAAGUUUGCCAUGGAGCUGAAUGAGCUGGAUCCUGCCCUGAAACCACUGCUGCCCCCUACUGACACACGCUUCAGACUGGACCAGAGGCUGCUGGAGGAGGGCAAUGUGGAGGCUGCAGAGGUGCAGAAGCAGAGAAUCGAGCAGCUGCAGAGAGACCGAAGGAGAGUCCUGGAGGAGAACAGCAUGACGCACCAGCCCCGCUUCUUCAAGAAGUGUGAGGAUGAUGCAUGGGUCAGCAAUGGCACCUACUGGGACCUGCGGCGGGACCCGGGUUUCGCCUGCCUGGACUGUCCUGUGCUGUGGUGACUCCGCCCUCAACUCCACCCCUGACCCCAACCUGCUGGCGCCAUCACCUGGGCUGGUACCAGGGAAGGCACCGCUCCCUCUCUCCCUCGGUGCCCUGCCCCCUCUUCCUCGGUGCCCCGCCCUCUCCC